AUGGCCGAUAUAGGCAAAGGCAUGCAGGUGGGUCUGUCCUGGGUAAAGACAAAUUCCGGCAGGGUCCCUGAUGGUGCUAUUCAGGUACAGGCCGGUGUCUAUGUAUGUCGCGCCUGGCAUGCGAAUGAACAAAUCCCAGGCAAGUAUAUUCCACGUUAUGCGCUCGCCUACGUCUCCUAUGCUGGCAAAGAACUUGAGAAGACGGACUGUGAAGUUCUCUGUGACACUAGCUGCCCCGGACAAUCUCGCUGGUAA